AUGGCGUUGGGACCGGUCGAAGACAAUGCUCUUAAGCAGCUUCAGCCAGAAAAAUCAGAGCUUCUAGAUGUUAUCGAUGAGCUACGGACCCUUGGCUUUGGCCGCCUCGUGAAACCUCCCCAGCUGAUCGUAUGUGGAAACCGGUCUAGCGGCAAAAGCUCAGUGUUAGAAGCUAUCUCACGCGUGCGUUUUCCAAUCGAGAGGAAUUCGUGCACUUGCUUUCCAACCGAAGUGAUUCUGCGAAGGAGCCCUUCUUCUCGCGUCAAGGUCAGCAUCGAGCCUAGCAAAUCUCGGUCAGAUGACCAAGAAAUUCAGCGACUCCGCGAGUUCUCUUCAGACACGUUCUCCACCGGUGAUGACCUUCCGGGUCUGACUGAUAAAGCUAAAGGAUGCAUGGGAAUUACUAGUUCUAGGCUUACUGACGACAUCCUCCGAAUUGAGAUUUGCGGACCCGAUAAGCCAGAUCUGACCUUAGUCGACCUCCCUGGCUUGUGUAAUGCAACUGAAAAUAACCAAGAAAUUUCUGUCACUCGCAAUCUGACAGAGAGAUACAUGAAUGACUACAGGAGUGUCAUACUGGCCAUCAUCAGUGCUGGAAGCACAUACGACAUUCAGGAAGUUUUGAGUAUCGCAGAGCACUUUGAUCCAAAGCGAGAAAGAACUCUCGGGGUCAUAACUCAUACUGACAUACCCGAGGGUAACUCUGAAGAAGAGAAAGCAUACCUCCAACUUGUGAACAACGAGAAGAUCCGGCUACAACUUGGGUGGCAUGCGCUUAGGAACCGAUCGUUUUGCACUAGGAAUAUUUCGGAUGAUGAAAGAGACGAAUUGGAGAAGGAAUUCUUCAGUUCUGGUGCAUGGGCAGCCAUUUCUAGAGAGCUUGUUGGGUUGGAAAGUCUCAGAUAUCGGUUGGGCAACAUCUUGCAGGAGCAUAUCAAGCGAAAUAUGCCCGACCUGGUUGCCGAUAUAGAAGAAAAGAUCUCUUGCCGUCAAAAAAGACUUGUGAAACUUGGGGAGGAGCGUGGAACAGUACAGAAAGAACGGAGUUAUCUCCUUCGCAUUGGCAACAACUUUGAAAGGACUGUCAGUAACGCAUUGAACGGUCUCUACACUGGUGAAUUCUUUGGCGGUCUUGAUCCUGUAUCUCUUCAACACGACCCUAGAAGACUCCGGGCGGUGGUUCGAGAGCUGAAUGAUCAGUUUGCGGAUACGAUGCACCUCAGAGGCUGUCGCCGACGCAUUGUCGGGCUUGACGAGGAACUAGAGGAUCAGAGUCCAACCCGCAAGAGGCAGAAAUCGUACGUCCAGGGAUCAGACGAGUCAGGCCCAAUCCUCGUCUCAAAAACCGAGCUCGAGCAGGAAAUUGAGGAAAAGAUUCACGAGAACCGUGGGAUUGAGCUACCGGGAAAUGCGAACCAGCUUCUUGUUGGAGAUCUGUUCCGCGAUCAAUCGAAGCCAUGGGAGAAACUUGCAAAAGGACAUAUCAUGGCGGUGUGGGAAAGUGUGAGAUGCUUCGUUGGGCUUCUCCUUCACCAUCUAUCAGAUGAUCACACUUGCCCAAAGCUCAUGGGUACUGUUCUAGACCCUGCCUUGGAAAAGAUGAAGGACCAUCUUCUGGAAAAGCUCCAAGAACUCAUGGCUUACAAUAAGAGAGGACACCCGCUUCUAUUCUGCCAACAAUACCUUGGAUCGGUUGAAAAGCUGCAAUCUGAUCAGCAGCUCGCGCUUCUAGAUGAGCGGCUUCGGACAUCAACAGAAACAAGUUUUGCGGCCAACGAUGUUCGGAAUUUGGUUCUCGAAACGCAGCCUUCCCGCGGCCAUUUUGCAGCUGCUCAGAUAAUACAUCUGGUGCAGGCAUAUUACAAGGUCAGUGCCCUUUUGACUUUCAUAGAAAACAUUGCGAUACUGGGAAUCGAAAAUUGUCUCCUACACCCCCUUGAAAGCGUCUUCACCGGCUUGACUGUCAAUGACAUGGAUGACGCGGCCAUCCAGUACCUUGCUUCUGAGCAUAAAUUCGUCCAGGCCGAUAGAGAGCUACUGCGCAGCGAGCUAGAUAAGCUUCAGGCUUGUCUACGU